ACAGGGACGUUUGAAAUCACUAAUCAGCGUUUCAGGGAAGAAAUCGUGUGGUGCUGCACAUCUCUGUAAUUUCAACUUUUAUGUAUUUUGAACUAGUUUUGCCGCAUAGAUUCUACUAUUCUAAGGCCAGACAAGACGUUGUCUGGUCGUAACGUUUUAGUGGAUUUCGAGUUUGUAAUUUGCAUUCAUUCUUCGUUAGCUAGCCGUCGUAGCAGCUAGCCGACUUUGGGAUUUAUUUUUCUUUUUGUAUGUUUUGGACCAAUUAAUUCUGGAUAUAUCAACAAACUGUGGUUGCUGUAUAUCAUUGUGCAGUAAUACAUAUUGGAAAUGGAUCCUUCUCCCUCACUUAAGGUGACAAAGGGUGUGAAACUACAAAAGCCUGAAAUGAAGUCCCACAGUGAUGGACCUCGACGAAUUCCUGUGUCUCAACAGCAUCAAAUAGUUCCCAAGGCAGUAGUCACGCCCACCUCGCAUCAGCGAGUUCUCGGGGUGUCGAAUGGACCUCAGCGUAUCCAGCGACCUGUUAGCCACCAGAAACCUGUAUCUCAUGUCGCUUUCACCAACAAGUCCUCCCACCCUGGCGAUCAGAAUGUGAAUCCAGCUACUCUGAAUGCACAUCCUGCACCACCGGCUAAGCCUGUGUCCCAACAAAACCAACCAAAGACUCAGGUUCUUGGUGCAAAUCCAGAUUUGUCCAAACCACCAUCAGAAUCCAUAAAAGCAGAUAAGCAACAAAGCAAGCCUUCAAGGAAUGAACAAGGCUCUACAUCCAAGAAGCGUUGGAGCCUGGAGGACUUUGACAUCGGCCGUCCUUUAGGAAAGGGGAAGUUCGGCAACGUCUACCUUGCCCGAGAGCGACAGACCAAGUUCAUCUUGGCUCUGAAGGUGCUUUUCAAGAAGCAGCUGGAGAGGGCUGGAGUGGAGCACCAGUUGAGAAGAGAAGUGGAAAUCCAGUCUCAUCUCAGGCACCCUAAUAUUCUGCGUCUCUACGGCUACUUCCACGAUGCGUCCCGUGUUUAUCUCAUUCUUGAGUUUGCGCCCAAAGGAGAGCUGUACAGCGAGCUGCAGCGCUGUGGCAGUUUUCCUGAAGACAGAAGCGCCACAUACAUCAUGGAACUAGCAGAUGCCCUCCACUAUUGCCACACUAAGAAGGUGAUCCACAGAGACAUCAAACCUGAAAACUUGUUAUUGGGCGCCAACGGGGAGCUCAAGAUAGCAGACUUUGGCUGGUCUGUUCACACGCCUUCUUCAAGGAGGUCCACUCUGUGUGGAACCCUCGACUACUUACCUCCAGAGAUGAUUGAGGGGAAAACUCACGAUGAAAAGGUGGACUUGUGGAGCCUGGGGGUCCUUUGCUAUGAAUUUCUGGUUGGAAAACCUCCGUUUGAAGCAAAAACCCACGAUGAAACUUACCGCCGCAUUUCAAGGGUGGAGUACACUUACCCUGCACAUACUACCAUCAGUGAUGGAGCUAAAGACUUGGUUGCCAGGCUGCUGAAGCACAAUCCCAUGCACAGACUGCCCAUCCAGGGAGUCCUGUCCCACCCCUGGCUGCUCCAGAACUCCACCCGAAAGCCCACCACCCUAAACGAUGAAGAGCCAAGUCAGUGAUGCUCCUCCAAUGGGAUUCUGACCACAAAACACCAGAUUGUCAGUGUUUUCUGUACAGGUGUCUGUGCCACAUCUUACUUCACAACAACCACAUUUAUUUUUUUCUUUGUGCAAACAUGUGGAGCACCUGUUUAUUUUUACUUUUUAAUUAUUUUUUUCUUUCUUUCUUUCAAAUGGCAUUCAAUUGCCCUGUAAAUAUUUUUCUGUUUCUGCUAAAUAAUGAAAGUUUUAUGAAACAUGUUGUGUAGAAAAUGGAAAAAUAAAUCUUUACGAGCCAUCGUUGAGUUAACGUCAGUGGGGGGUGUUAUGUUUCAUUUGUAUUGCUCACAUUUCAGGCUGCAGUGAGGAGCAAAGUAAACCUUAACUGAUCAGAUCUGAAACCACUUGAACCAGGAACAAGUUUUUAUUCCAAUUAAUAUGUUUUCUAAUCUAAUAAAAUGUUGCACUGCAAAUGUCUAAAAA